CUCUCCUCCGGUUAGGGCUUGCGGGAAAGAUGGAAUAUCCGGCGUUGGGCGCUGUGGAGGCCUCGGACGGCGGAGGGGCCAGGCCAUACAACAGCUCGGAGGAGCGGGAGGGCCGGGAACCGGAUGGGGUGCGCUUCGACCGCGAGAGGGCGCGCCGCCUGUGGGAAGCGGUGUCCGGGGCCCAACCUGUGGGGAGGGAGGAAGUGGAGCACAUGAUCCAGAAGAACCAGUGUCUCUUCACCAGCACGCAGUGUAAGGUUUGCUGCGCCUUGCUCAUUUCUGAGUCCCAGAAGCUGGCACAUUACCAGAGCAGCAGAAGCAAAGACAAGAACCAGUGCUGCCCCAUCUGUAACAUGACCUUUUCUUCCCCUGUCGUGGCCCAGUCACACUACCUGGGGAAGACCCACGCAAAGAACUUAAAGCUGAAGCAGCAAUCCACUAAGGUGGAAGCCUUGCACCAGAACAGAGACAUGAUAGACCCAGACAAGUUCUGCAGCCUCUGCCACGCAACUUUCAACGACCCUGUCAUGGCUCAACAACAUUACGUGGGCAAGAAACACAGAAAACAGGAGACCAAGCUCAAACUCAUGGCACACUAUGGGCGGCUGGCGGAUCCAGCUAUUACUGACUCAUCAGCUGGGAAAGGCUACCCCUGCAAGACAUGUAAGAUAGUGCUGAACUCCAUAGAACAAUAUCAAGCUCAUGUCAGCGGCUUCAAGCACAAGAACCAGUCACCAAAAGUAAUGGCAUCGCCCCUGGGCCAGAUUCCAGUGCAAGGGCAACCCAUUCAGAAAGACUCCACCACGUUGGAAAACUAGAGGUGUUUUGGACCAACCUUGAACCAGCCUCCCAUGACUAGUCAGUCAGCCAUUGGCUCCCUCUUCCUCUUUUUCUUACACUGGAGAGUACAUGAUGCCUGAAGCAGGAUUGGACCACAGGCAGCCUUUGAUUGGUCCAGGCAAUUGCA